UUAGUUCAGAUGAGCUCACUCAGCCGAUGCGCACAUCGUAGGAUUCUACCAAUCUGAGAAGACGCAAGGACGGUGAGCAGCAGCCUGAUAGUCAGUGGAAAGAGUGGAUGCUUUUGUGCAAAGGCUGCGGACUUUCUGCUACACAAAGUAAGAGAACAGAAAAAGCAUUCGUCUCUUCUUGGAAAGAUACAAUGGAUUUUAGGUUGCCUGGAUGGAUGUGAACCACUCUUGUAUCGCAGACUAGACUGGACUUCGGACUAAGCAGCUGAGGAGAAGAAGCCCACUUAAACAUUCAGCUGUUCAUUUUCUUUUUUUCUUUCCCCCCUUCUAUACAAUGUCAGGAUUCCGUCCUGUCCAGUUCAAGCCAGGCUGCUCAUUUGGAAGGACGCCAGACCUCCAGCCUCUCAAAUCUGCAAGUUCAGUCCAAUAAAUUGUGACAUUGUCUUUCAGCCUUGGAUUUAUAAAACCAAUACUCUAGAAUAGCGACGCGAUAUUCUUCCGGAAUUUUAACGACCCAUUUCCCCGCUAUCCUUAUAAAUAUGCGAUUUGGUUGGAUUAGGUUGGUUUGGUCCAGCUUCACGCUUUUUUGGCUGGAGAAGCGCUGAUAGUGACUGAUUAUUGCUGUUGAUUUUGUCCAUGCAAGACUCGGGGUGGAAACAUGUCUGGCCACUUCUUUGAGAGGAUCACUGCUAUCAGAGAUGGCAUUUUGGUCCAGCACUUCGAUUUUCACCUCUAAAGUGCCCCGGAAAAUCUUAUUCAUGUUCACCCUCUCCCUAUCUGUCACCUACUUGUUCUAUAGCUUGAUGAGCUGCUACAACUCGCUGCAGUUCCCCCUGCAAGAGAACUACGCGUAUCAAGGGAGGCUGGUGACGGAGGAGACAACUUUUGUGACAUUAAGGGAAAAACUUUACUCCGCUUCCCAGGGCUUAACCGAGUUCACCGAGGCCGAGAGAACCACCGCGGUUUCCACCGUAAAGGAUCAUGCUGAGGCCGAACAAAGGACAGUGGAAUGGAUUAGGACUCAGGCGUCUCCAACUAAAUUGGCGGCGGCGUAUCACAACACCGCGGUGGAGAAGGAGCAUCAGGAAUUCAGCACCACGGACAGCGAACUCAGGGUGAACUGCACCAUGGAUUACGGAGAGAAGAAACUUCCCCAAGCCAUCAUCAUCGGGGUGAAGAAAGGGGGGACUAGAGCCCUGCUGGAGGCUCUCAGGGUGCACCCGGACGUCAGAGCCGUUGGAAAUGAGCCACAUUUCUUUGACAGGAACUACGAGAAGGGGCUGGACUGGUACCGAGACCUGAUGCCUUCAACGCUGGAAGGGCAGAUCACCAUGGAGAAGACGCCCAGCUACUUUGUGACUAACCAUGCCCCAAAGCGGAUCCACUCCAUGGCCAGGGACAUCAAGCUUAUUAUAGUGGUGCGUAAUCCUGUCACUAGAGCCAUUUCAGACUACACACAAACUUUGUCCAAGAAACCUGAGAUCCCCACCUUUGAGGUCCUGGCUUUUAAGAAUCGGACGCUGGGUCUUAUAGACGCCUCAUGGAGUGCGUUGCGUAUAGGAAUAUAUGCGCUCCACUUGGAGAGCUGGAUGCAGUAUUUCCCUCUCUCCCAAAUGCAUUUUGUCAGCGGGGAAAGGCUCAUUGUGGAUCCCGCGGGCGAGAUGGCCAAAGUGCAGGACUUCUUGGGACUAAAACGGAUCGUCACAGACAAACACUUUUACUUCAAUAAAACUAAAGGAUUUCCGUGUCUGAAGAAGCCAGAGGACAGCAGCACUCCCAGAUGCCUCGGCAAGUCUAAAGGGAGAACUCACCCUAAAAUUGACCCGGACGUGAUUCGGCGGCUGCACAAGUUCUACAAACCCUUUAACAUGAUGUUCUACCAAAUGACUGGCCAGAACUUUGAAUGGGAGCUGGAGGGGGACAAUGAAUCUCGUAGCUCUCAGGACUAGUAGACUGCGGCAUGGCACAGCGCAGCCACACCACCAGCCUUCUUCAGUAAAACUACUAUUGUCUCGAUUUUUCUUCAGAGAGAGUGCUUGAGCGCGCCAAUCAAUCAUGGCUGUCUUUGCAGUGUCUGUAUCCAUUAGCAAGAGUUUACUGACAUGCUUUUUCUCUCCCUUCGAUACUAAUGUUGUUGAUGAUGGCAAAUCAUUAUUGUAUAUACUAAACAUAAAAUAUAUUUAUAUUUGUGAAAAGGAGAUGAUUUAUUCAUUUUGCUUUUAAAGCAUAGAGCUGAUAUAAAAAUCAUGUUGACUAUGGCAAUGCAUGCGAUAAGUUAAGUGUCCUUACCUCAUGAGCCCAAAGGCUAAACUCCGCCUGUUUCUUCUCCCUUUACUUUCAUUUUUGCAGUUUGUUGCCCUCACACCCACUCACCAGCAUCAAGUACAAAAAGCUAUUCUAUUUCAAUAGAUAAGGCCAUGAAGUGUUCUGUAUUAUGUCUUUCCACACUGUCCUGCUGCUUUAGAAGAGAAAGAAAAAUGAUAAGACAUAUAGUACAAUAAUCUUCUGACAUGUGCUCAUCUUUUCAAUCUUUUCAUAUUCUGAGUGGAGACAAUCCUGUUUUUGUCUAAGUUUACCAAAGUGUUCAUUUACUCAGUGUUGUGGUUGCUCUGCACUCCUUAAUUGCACACAUAGUCAAAAAGAGAGCUGAUGUACAGUGGCCAUCAUUCAAUUAUUGGAUUGUUUCACUGCUUAGUUAAACAUUAGCAUACUGAUGACCAUGCACUCAGACGUUGUGCAGUAUCAGUGAUUUUGGCAUAAUUUGACAAAUGAAUCUGUCUACUGCAAAUAGAGGGUUAGCUUUAGAUCAAACAAUUCUGCAUCUUGACAAAAACAAUUUCCCGUCGCACAAAAACGCACCCAAAAUAUCAGGUAACUCUUGCAGUCCUCGACUGUUUGCCUCAUGACCCUCCUCUUGUUGCAGUAAUACAUGUCAAUGAGGGUGAAGAACAACACCAGAGGACCGAGCAGAAGUUUGUUAACAAACAUCUGCUGUGACGCGGUCUUCUGUCGUUAGAGAUUAAUGGCGUGUUAAAUAAGCCGCUGCCGCUGGAACAAUGUCAAUGUCAGAGAGAAUUUGCUGUCAAGGAAAAGCUACAUACAUGCCCAGGUAAAUUACCAAGCCAUUACUGUAUGUACUUAACUUGAAUGAGAUGCUGUGUUGCAGGGAAAUGUGCUGUAAUCAGAGGUUUAAUUGUGAUCAGCAGGACUAACUGGGUGGAUGAAAAUAACAGGGUUUUGCUAUGAAAUGCUCCUUUACUCAUGCAAUGAAAAACCAACAUGACCCAUCAUUUUUUCUUUAUUUUUUCUUUUGCAUAAAUCGCUGUGCGUCUGUCUGUUGUCUCUGGACUUUUCAUCAAUUGAGACAAUCAAUACAGCCAAUGAGUCAAUAAAUACAGUCUGCUACACA